AUGGCGGAAAACGGACAACAGUUCGAUUCGAAUUGCAUGACUUUAACGCGUUUCGUUUUGGCCGAACAGAAAAAAUACAAACAUGCCAUCGGUGAUUUGACUCAGCUUUUAACGAGCAUACAAACGGCUAUAAAAGCCGUGAGCACGGCCGUUAGAAAAGCCGGCAUUGCUAAAUUAUACGGAAUAGCAGCAACUGCAACAAACGUUCAGGGUGAAAAAGUUCAAAAACUCGACGUCCUUUCCAAUGAACUUUUCAUUAACAUGAUGAAAUCAUCUUAUACGACUUGUUUGAUGGUGAGCGAAGAAAACGAAACCGUUAUCGAAGUGGAAAAAGACAAACAGGGAAAAUACGUCGUUUGUUUUGAUCCCUUGGAUGGUUCUUCCAAUAUCGAUUGUUUGGUCAGCGUCGGUUCUAUUUUUGCCAUUUACAGAAAAGAACACGACGGUUUUGCCACGGAAUCCGAUGCUUUAAAACCUGGAAAAUCAUUGGUCGCAGCUGGAUAUGCACUUUACGGUUCGGCAACCAUGAUGGUUUUAUCUUGCGGAGCCGGAGUUAACGGUUUCACACUUGAUCCGGCAAUCGGAGAAUUCGUUUUAACCGAGCCUAACAUGAAAAUACCAUCUAGAGGAAAAAUCUACAGCAUAAACGAGGGUUACACGUAUUUAUGGGACGAUUGCAUACGCGAAUACGUUUCGGAAAAGAAAAAAUUAAAAAAUGGUGGCAAACCCUACGGUUUGAGAUAUGUCGGUUCCAUGGUCGCCGACGUUCACAGAACUCUUAAAUACGGUGGAAUAUUCAUGUACCCAUCGAGUACCGAUGCUCCGAACGGAAAGUUGAGACUCUUAUACGAAUGCAAUCCGAUGGCUUUUAUCAUAACCCAAGCUGGCGGAUUGGCGAGUGACGGUUUCAAAAACAUAUUGGAUAUACAACCCAAGAAAAUCCAUCAGAGAAGUCCCAUUUUUCUCGGUUCGAAAGAUGACGUAGAAGAUAUUUUAAACAUAAUUAAAAAACAUGGCAAAUGUUAUGACGUAGUUGUGUAG